UGUGACGUUUUCAAGAACGAUUUGUCAGAUGGAAUCAACUCGGCUAACUUCUACGCUCAUCCACCACCAUCUUCAUGGACCGAGCAUUUGCCUCUACUUGGAAGUUAUCAUCCACAUGCUACGCCGUUCGGAAUUGACUCACAUCAACCGUCGACAAGCGGGUAUCCAAUGUACGAUCAAGGCACUUUUGUGGCACCUCCUCAGCACUACAUGACCUCAACACCUACUGCACCUCCAGGUGCGACUAAACAGGAUGAUAGUGAUCUUGCGGGCGAGGCAGAAGACGAUGAUAUGGUUGAUGAGGAUGACGAAGAAGGUUUGAUUUUUAAAAUUGACGACAAUACAAAUAUCUUAAGUAUCGCGGUUAGAGAAGUGUCACAUUCGAGUCACUGA